UGGCGUCAGUUACUAUGUGGUGUAUCCAAUCAAAUUCAAGUCAGGGGUCUUUUAAAGAUAGUUUCAGGAAGUGCCCUUAAAUACCAGGAAGUUGUAAACAAAGCUGACAGCUAUUCAGGUAGUUGUUAACUACAUCCGAAUGGAUGCUGAGCCAGUCGUGUAAAACAGGCUAGUUAUUCGCCUAUAUAGUGUAUCUAUCAAUUAUACAGCUAAACACUUUCUUUUAUAAAGCGAUCGUCUCGCGGAAAUCGAUAUUUUUCCCUGCGUUCGUUCAACAAGCUAACGUUAGCUGCCUUCCGUUUUCUCGUUGUGGAAAAGCUAACGUUUGCACAAGGACGUUAGAGCUAGCGUUAACGCCUGCGAAGUUAACGUCAAAUCGAUUAUUAUUAUCCUGAACAGAACGGAUUGUGCGCAACAUCGCUGCCCGAUUCUUGUGUUUUGUUUUGUUUUUUGCUGCAUUUGCUGUCUGGGGGCAGAAAGAGCGAGAGAGUUCGUCCAUUUUAACAGGACAACAAUGUCUACAUCAAACGCUAAUUUCAAAAACAAGUGUGUGACACAGGUGAACUGCAUCUUUUGUGACAGUCUGCUAUGCACAAGAGGCAUGAAAGCUGUGCUUCUUGCAGACACUGAAGUUGAGCUUUUUUCGACUGAUAUACCUCCCAAUAGAACUGUUGACUUUGUGGCCAGCUGCUACUCUACUGAAAGCUGCAAAUGCAAACUGAGAGACAUCGCAUGUCUCAAGUGUGGUAAUGUUGUGGGCUAUCAUGUUGUGGCCCCCUGUAAACCCUGCUUGCUUUCGUGCAACAACGGCCAUUUCUGGAUGUUCAACAGCGAUGCUGUAUCUACUCUCAACAGACUGGAUGCGACAGGCCUGAAUCUGCUCCUGUGGGGAGACCUUCCCGAGCUGGACGACAGUGAGAACGAAGAAUCAGAAACCCCAUCAGAAGAGGAGUGCAUUAGGUAGAGAGGGAAACGGACAAUGCGAGAGACCUAGAGGGCCAACAUUUGAGAGGUGGAGCUACAAGAGUGUACAAACCAUGCUGAGAUGAGAGAGAAAAGAGAAGCCUUAAAGGGUAAUUGAACACUGAAUCACAAAGGGCAGAAAUGUGCUGCUGUACUACUCUUUACGGGUUUAAAUAUUAAACCACGGGGCACUUCUGUCCACACCCCAAACAGCGAUGUCGUGGCAGAUGUCUUGCCUUUGACAGCUGAUGGAGGACAGCUGCUUUGACAUCACCGAUUAAGGUGUAGGCAUAAACACAUCAUCCGCCACGGUUGUAAGUUGGAAGUAAGAAGUUUUUGGCCCUGUGUAAUUCAGUGGUGAGUCACCCUUUAACCUGUGACCAUGCCUUUCCUCAUCACUUUUCACUGUUAAAAGCACAGACUCACACACUGUCACACACAUUCUUCUCUCUCUUUUUCUCCUUUUUGUAUAUUUGCGUGGGCAAUUAUAAAACAUGUGGCGGAAGUAGACUGAAAAUAGCAGACAACUAGACUCCGUAAUCUAGUGCGUUCUACUUUUCAUUAGAGUCUCCACUGAGCUCAUGGUUUUGAUUCGGCCUCAUGACAUGCUCGGAGCGUGGUAUGAUAAGUUAAUGGAACUUAUCUGUGAAUGCUGUGCUUUUUCGCGCUGUUUCUGUUGAGUCCAAUUUUCUGAUCAGAUGACCACAUGUUGCUUACCUUCUUUUCAAUGGCAGUUCUACAGUAAUCGGUACAGUGAAUAUGCUGUAAUAAGCAAAAACUUCCAGUAACAGUCAUGUCUUAAAGGCUUAUAUUCUCUCUAUGUGGCUGGGUGCUGACUGAAAGUUUGAGUGCUUUUUGAAUCCUAUGUAUUGGAGAAAUAGCACAAUUAUUGAAUGAUAUAUAUUUAUGGGUUCCUUGCUUUUUAAGGGCAUAUUUGAUUUAGGUUACUUUACAAUCUGACCUACUAUAAAUGAUACGUUCUGAUAUGCUAAUAUAGUGUUUCUUAUACACCUGACAGCCGCAGUAUGUGUUUAACACCCAGAUGAAUCUGACUGUAGCAGUGUCUGAUACUAACAUGCUAACUUAUGCAUAAUCUGUGCUUCCACAAAGCCCUGGAGCCGCCGAAUUUAGAGUCCUACUUUUGUUAAGACUUAAAAUCAAGUAAAAACGUUGCUGGAUCGAUGACAUAGGUGAUAUAGCCAAAAUGGAAAUUAACAAAGGUGUGUGUUUGUGCCACUCCACAAUUUUUCAAUAUGGAUUAUUAAGCAAAAUGAUGAAAACAAUUCUAAAUGGAUUUCAAUGCCCAUGCUCUGUUUUUGUCACACCACUGUUCAGUUUUAUGUAGCAGCAGAAUUGUAGCACCAGAAGCGAAGGAAAAAGUCAACUCCAAAGAAUCAUGGAACAUACCAAUAAUGAAAAUACAGACUGACUACCCUUCUAAAAGAUAAUUAUGACAUUUUUGGCCAGUUUAUAGAAUCGCAUUUCACAUUUUUAAGUCAUUUGUGGUGAAGUCAAGCUUGAGUCAGUGCAGCUGGCCAUGAAAGCCUCAACCCUCGGUAUACUAUUGGCCUUACUGAUGUUGUGAUUGCUGACAUAGAACCUUUGUUAAGCUGUGGACUCGGGGUUGAUGCUGUAUAUUAGUUGGUUAGUUGGACUUAACUCAAAUCAGUCCUUUUUUGGCAGUGCCAUCCUCGAGCUCUUGUUAUUGUUUCACUGCUGUGCCCUGCUAAUACCAUGAUCCUGUCUUAAAGUAACAGUCUUUCUGUGAGUGAAUGAGCUGUGCCUGUAUUGUCGGCAAGCAUUGUUGAAGAAGCAAACAUAGAAUGUCACUUCUUACCUGAAGGAAAAGGAUAAAGGCAGUUGGUCUUUUUUAAUCUGUAACUGGCCUCUGUGUUUAUCUAUGCUAUAGGCUUUAGUUGUGGAAAAACACACAUAUUGGAGGAAAACAUUGUCCAGAAUUUCACGUCCUUCACAUUUUAAAGUUAUAACUGACAGUCUGCUACACUUGCACACCAAAUACUGUCUUAUGUGGUAAACUGAUAGGAUACAGUGCAUCAGCUAGGUAUUUAUUAAAUCAACAAACCAAAUAUCUAUAACCACAUACUUAAUUUUUGUUUACAGACUUUGUUUACAAAUGCAUUGGUUUGUAUUGUGCUAUAGUACUUAUGUUUUUGUUCACGUAUUUAAUAUUUCAUUUGUGACGUAGUGCUUUGUUUUGUACGUUAAAAGAUUGGAUAUGUACAGUUUUACCUCAAGAAGGUAUCACUUGCGAGCUUCCUCUGGCUAGGACAAUUGUCAAAUGAUAAUCAAAAUAAUUAUUUAAAUGGCUGUUUCUGACGUGAAUAACUUUGAUUAACAUGCCCUGCUGAAAAUGUAUAUUUUGGAAUUGCACUGAAACUGCAUCGGUUGUUUAAAAAAAAUGAUUUGUUGUUUUGUA